UGCAAAGUGCAAACUCCAUAACCUCACUCGAAUCAAUGGGAGAAAUAUCAAAAAACACCCUUCUCUUUUCCUCCUCCAUUUUUCUCCUCCUCCUUUCUCUCUCCGCAGCUGUCUCCUCCCCAUUCCACUUCCAAACCCUAGUGCCCGGCCGUCUUCCUUCACCUCCCACUCUCUCAUGGCACGACUCUCUACCGGAAUCCAAUUCCCUCGUCGAAAACUCCGAACUCGACACUGUUCUUUCCAACACGACACUGGAAGUGCAGUUAGAAUUGCACCAUGUGGACGCUUGGUCUUCGGAAGAGACUCCGGAGCGACUCUUUGACCUCCGACUCCAACGCGACGAGCUCCGUGCCCAGACAAUCUACUCCCUUGUUUCGAAAGCUGUUGCGCGUAACCCUCCACGCGCGCCCGGAAGACGUUCUGGGUUCAGUAGUUCCAUUAUUUCCGGACUCGCUCAAGGUAGUGGAGAGUACUUCACGCGCCUUGGUGUCGGUACUCCUCCGAGGUAUCUUUAUAUGGUGCUCGACACUGGUAGCGACGUUGUUUGGGUCCAGUGUUCACCUUGCAAGAAAUGCUACUCUCAAUCGGACCCGAUUUUCGACCCGACUAAAUCACGCUCUUUCUCCCGUAUUCCUUGUGGAUCCCCGCUUUGCCGUAGCUUAGAUUCAUCGGGAUGUAAUAAACGCCGAAUGUGUCUUUACCAAGUAUCCUACGGCGAUGGUUCGGUUACUUUCGGCGACUUCUCGACUGAAACGCUGACGUUUAGAAGAACUAGAGUGGGACGCGUGGCGAUCGGUUGUGGUCACGACAAUGAGGGCUUGUUUGUUGGUGCAGCAGGUUUGUUAGGGCUUGGUCGGGGGAGAUUAUCAUUUCCCUCCCAAACGGGACACCGGUUCAACCAGAAGUUCUCUUACUGUUUGGUCGACCGGUCCGCUUCUUCUAAACCGUCCUCCAUGGUUUUCGGUGACGCCGCCAUUCCCCGAGCCGGCCUAUUCACUCCUUUGUUAACAAACCCGAAGCUCGACACUUUCUACUACGUUGAACUGCUUGGUGUCAGUGUCGGUGGGACCCGUGUCUCCAGGAUCACGCCUUCUUUGUUCAAAAUGGGUCAAGAUGGUAACGGAGGGGUCAUUAUCGACUCAGGUACGUCCGUGACCCGCUUGACCCGACGCGCUUACAUCGCAAUGAGGGAUGCUUUCCGGCUUGGGGCUUCGAAUCUGAAACGGGCGCCUGAUUUCUCAUUGUUCGACACAUGUUUCGACUUGUCAGGGAAGACUUCCGUUAAGGUGCCGACGGUGAUGCUGCAUUUUAGAGGAGCUGAUGUGUCAUUGCCGGCGACGAAUUAUUUGGUUCCGGUUGAUUCCGGGGGGACUUUUUGCUUUGCUUUCGCGGGUACCAUGAGCGCUUUGUCCAUAAUUGGAAAUAUCCAGCAACAAGGUUUCCGGGUUGCUUAUGAUUUGGCGGGUUCUCGAAUCGGGUUUGCCCCCCGUGGAUGCGCUUAAAAAUGGCGUUAGCUUUCUUUUUUGGAGUGUAAGAAGGGAAGAAAAAAGAAUCUUUCUUGGAUUUGGAUGUAAGAAAAACAAGAGAUGAUAAAAAGGCAGGUAGCUGGUUAGGAGAAGGGAAUGUCAUUUGGCUGUUUUCACGAGUUGUCUGUUGUAUUUUAAAAAUAUGAUGAUGAUCGACUGCUCAAGAGAAUUGUUACUCUGAUAUAGGGGUAAUAUAUUUAUAUAUAUUUUUUAUUGUAAGUUGAAUUUAACUGCUAUAUGUUGAAUAUCAACAGCAUUUGCAUCAUUAUUUUCUAUUUCUCGUUGUUGCCUGUAUUUUCCUCAUUGUGGAUUUCGAAUUGGUUGAAAUGAUGAUUCACUUAAGAAGGUAUUGAGAUCCUGUGAAGAGCAUUGAUCAUGGUUACGAAUGAUUAGUGAUAUAUCGUUGAUAA